CGAACCUACUGGAAGUCGCGAGUAAAGAUGGCGUUGUGUACGUACGAUGAACGGAGCCGCACGUGGUACGGCGUACAAACGGUGCCGAUCUACAAUCCGAAGGCGAACGUUGGUGAAGUCCUCAACCAUAUCCUUCUUCGCACACCCGAACGGAUUAUCCAGAUCGAUAUGGAUGAGGACGAGCGGAUGAAUUGUGCCGAGUUUAGGGCGCGAAUGAUCCGCUUUGUGCAGAACUUAACGGAUGCCGGUUUGCGCAAGGGUGACAUUGUGGCGAUGGCCAACGCAAACAGCGUAAAUGUGGCUCCCCUCGCCUGUGCGCUGAUGACGAUCGGUGUUGCCUUCAACCCUUUAGCGCCAGGAUUCAACGCGGACGAUAUGGCACACAUGUUGCGUUUGACCGAACCGAAGAUGGUAUUCUGCGACGAUAGCAAUGUGGAGGUAGUGAGCAGUGCCAUCCGCCGUGUGUUCGAUGCCGAUCGUCCGCUGUAUGUGUUUGAGAGUUCGCGCAGUAACGUGAAACAUGCGGAAGAUCUGCUGCAAGCAACUGGCCGAGAGGAACAAUUUGUACCACCACAUCUGGGCGAUUCGCACGAGCUCCUGUCGAUGAUACUCUGCUCGUCGGGCACCACCGGAGCACCGAAGGGUGUUUGCGUGACGCACGCACAGACGAUCGCUGCGAUCGGUUCCUUCCCGUUGGCGAAACCGAUGACGGUUUUCAACUUCAGUCCGCUCUACUGGGGCACCGGCAUUUACAUGAUGCUCAGCACAUUCUCCGGUACCUCAACGCGGCUCAUCACGCGCAGUCCAUUCUCGGAGGAAAAGUUCUUCGAGGCGGUGGAGAAGUAUCGGGCUAGCUUCGUCUUCAUGCCACCGUCGUACGCCAACCAGAUUGCGCGCCAUGAGCGUGUGGCACAGGUGGACUUUUCCAGCCUGCGAAUGCUAUCGUUGGGUGGAAGUUACGUGUCGGAUGGAUUGCGCGAUCGGCUCGAUCGGCUGCUGCCAAACGGACGGACGUACAAUUCCGUUGGCACGUCGGAGAUUGGAUGGGUGUCGGGUGAUUUCGGAAAACGGAAGCCUGGCUCAGUAGGAACGCCGGCAGUUAACAUUGCGAUAAAGAUUGUGGACGAGGAAGGUAACGAUCUGGGCGUUGGCGAGAAGGGACAGGUGCUGAUAAAAGGUGCCGAACCGUUCAUUGGGUACUACAAGAAUGAAGAAGCCACACGGGCGACAAUUGAAGCACGGGGUUACACGCGUUCCGGAGAUAUAGGAUACUUUGAUGAGGAAGGAUAUCUGUACCUGGUCGAUCGCGAAAAGGACAUAUUGAAAUAUCGCGCGUUUCAGAUCUCUCCGAGCGAGCUGGAAGCGAUCAUUGCCCAGAUUGAGGGCGUGUUGGAAGUUUGUGUUGUUGGUAUACCGGCGGACGCUGACCGAACGACCGAACUUCCCACAGCUGUUAUCGUACCCGUGGCGGGAAGUUCGGUCAGCGCUAACCAGGUGACGGAGAUUGUUGAUGGGAAGGUGUCCGACUUUAAACGACUCCGAGGUGGAGUUUAUUUUGUGGACUGCUUGCCGAAAACGCAAACUGGAAAAAUCUUGCGUCGUAAGGUGUUGGAGAUGGUGCUGGAACUGGCGGAUAUUAAAUAA